AGGGUUUUCUCGCCCUACUGCGGAAAAACCAAAAAAUUCCCAGCAAACCGUGCCUUUGACCCUCCUGAUUACGAACUGUACCCAGAGUCCGUGAUCACGUCUCUAAGUCGCCAAUAUGUCUGGAGGAAAGCCCCGUGGUCUUAACGCGGCCCGCAAGCUGCGCAACAACCGUCGCGAGCAGCGUUGGUCCGAUCUUCACUACAAGAAGAGGGCUCUCGGCACUGCCUUCAAGUCCAGCCCCUUCGGUGGUUCUUCCCACGCUAAGGGCAUUGUGCUCGAGAAGGUCGGCGUUGAGGCCAAGCAGCCUAACUCCGCUAUCCGCAAGUGUGUCCGUGUCCAGCUCAUCAAGAACGGCAAGAAGGUCACCGCUUUCGUCCCCAACGAUGGUUGCUUGAACUUCGUUGACGAGAACGACGAGGUUCUCCUCGCCGGUUUCGGUCGCAAGGGCAAGGCCAAGGGUGAUAUUCCCGGUGUCCGCUUCAAGGUCGUCAAGGUCUCUGGUGUCGGUCUCCUCGCCCUCUGGAAGGAGAAGAAGGAGAAGCCCCGCUCUUAAGCGUAUCGUUGCUUCGAGCAGGCAAACAGGCACGGUUCAUUAUGCGGAGUCUACGAGGCUUUUUUACAACGGCAUUUUGGUUUUGGGUUUAAGGGAUACCUGAACUCUCAUGGUAGUAAUGAUCCAACAGAAAGCAGGUCAUUAAUUGCCAAAAGAAAUCGUGCUUUCCCCAAAAGUCCCUUCUCUCUAUCUCUCAUACCUUUUGGUGUUCUGGAGAUUGUUCAGGGACUGCCUGUGUCUAAUAGUAUGACAAAUAUGGUGUUAUGGUACAUGAAAUUACAAAGAUGAUAUCCCAAAAGAACAGAGAAACAUUUACCAUUUUCAGGCCGACUCCAGCUCUUCCGGCUUCUUCUCAAGCUUCUCCUGGCCGUAAUACUUGAGCAGAUAGUCAGCCGCCAAUCCCAGGCUGAUGACACCGCCGGUAAUCCAGCAGCCAUUGACAAACCACCACCAGCAGUCCUUGACACUCUUCAAGUUAACUUUCUUGAUCAUGUAACCCAGCGUCAAGGCCGCGCCACCACAGCUUCCAAUAAAGAACGCCGGUCCAGCACCAACCGCCGCGCCCGCCCCAGCGAGCAGCGCAAUUUGCGCAACAGCCAAGCCCGUCAACACCUGCUUCGUCUCCUUAUCGUGCUUGAGCGCAAUGCUCUUGAUGCCCGCCUUGGCAUCAUCCUUGAUGUCCAUGUGCGCAUAAAUCAUAUCAUACAACACCGUCCACGCAAUGUUGCUGGUAUACAAGCACCCCGCCGCCGUCAACGCCGCCUGGUUCGCCAACAAGUCCACCCCCAGUGCGGGAAAGCCCAUGAUGGCUCCCCACGAGAACGUCAAGCCCAGCACAAACUGCGGGUAAUACGUCACCCGCUUCGCCAGCGGAUAAGACGCCACAAAAAGCAGGCUCGGCGUUGCGUACCAAAAGCACUCAAAGGGGAACUGCAGCAAAACCGCCAACCCGGCCAGAAGCUGCGACCCGGUGAAUACCAGGCCUUGGAAGGGCGUGAUGGCCCUCCGCGCGAUGGGCCGCAGCCGUGUGCGCGUCACGUGCGGAUCGAGGUUGCGGUCCCAGAGGUCAUUGAUGGCGCAGCCGGCGCCGCGCAUGAUGAUGGCUCCCGAGAUGAAGAGGAGCGAGGUGCCGACGACAGAGACCGGCGAGGCGGGUCCCGCGAGGGGAGCUGCUAACAAGGUGCUGAAGAGGCAGGGGAAGAAGAGAUAGUAAGAACCCGUGGGCUUGUCGAGACGUGCUAGCUCGGCGUAGGGAACCCAGGAGGGGGGGAGGCGUGAGAGGAGACCGGUUGUUGGGGGCACGUACUCGGG